AUGGGAGAUAACUUGACCGCCACCAAGCUCCGGGACCACUUCAUCUUUAAGAAGGCCGACGACUUCUUUCAAGAUGAGGUCGACGGCCAGGCGACCGGCAUCGCACAGCCGAGCAGGGUGUCGUUCAGCAAGGACGACCAGAACCUCCCCGACGGCAAGCCGAACCCGGCCUGCAGCCACGGGCGGAUCUUCCGGUUCAACGACGGCUCUCUGCUCCUCGUGCAGUUCCUGAGACCCCGAGUCUGGCGUAUCCGCUUCGACCCUCACAACAAGGAGCCGUCUCACUUUACCGACUAUAACACUCGCACACUCAUCCGAGACACCACAACGGAGCUGAUCAGUACUCUUGACAAGUGCGAGGAACUCGCCUGGAAGGUCGACCUGAUAGAGGAUGACCAGUACUACAUCUUGCAGUCCAUCGUCAAGCGCUCGCCCGUCUCUCCGCCCGAGACGGAGCUCCAGCUUUGGAUCUCGCGGAACCCGUUCCAGAUCACCGCCGUGAGGGUGCUCAAGAGUCUUGCGCCGGCCGAGGCAAGACCGAGGCCGCAGAACUGUGAGAAGGGGGUGGUAGAGGCUCUGGAGCUCCCCCUGAACGAGGGAAUCCGUCCUGCGGUGAUCUGGAAGACCAAGCCACGCGGUCUGCUUUACGGCGAGCACUCGGCCGUCCUGUGCUUGGAGAAGUCCAUCACGGCGGACUACAUGGGAUUCGGAGAGCAGGGCGGCAAGGACCUCUUCAAGAAGAAGACCUACAUGAACUAUUUCAGUGCGUGCUCUUCUCGUCGUCAAUGUUUGGGAUACACGACUAACAACCAAUUCCCCACAGACUUUGACAACAUGAAGUACCAAAACGUCUACGGCCAGGGCCCCUUGGACGACCGCGAGCCGCUGUACCACUCGGAGCCGUACUGGAUCGAGGUCGACGCCCAGCCCGGCUACCAGACGCAGAUCGGGACCUUCAUCGACAACUACUCGCAGAUCUGCGUCGACAUCGGCAUGAAGGACCCGACGCAGCUGCGCGUGGCCACGCGCUUCAACAGCUUCCAGGGCAUCUUCGUCGCGGGAGACAGCAUCCAGGAGGUCAUACAGCUCUACACCUCCAUCGUCGGCAAGCCGAAGCUCAAGCCGCGCUACGUGCUCGGGUACCACCAAGGCUGCUACGGCUACGACACGCAGGAGAUGGUCAUGGACGCCGUGCGGCAGUACCGAAACUGCGGGUUCCCCCUCGACGGCAUGCACAUCGACGUCGACAUGCAGGACGACUACCGUACCUUCACCAUCAACAAGGAGCCGGGCCACUUCCCGAACCCGGAGUGGAUGUUCGGCGAGCUGCGCCGGCUCGGCGUCAAGUGCAGCACCAACAUCACCCCCUACAUCAGCAGCGUCCCCUCGGCGACGUACUCGACCCUCAACGAAGGGCUCAAGAACGAGUACUUCCUCAAGGAGGAGCGCGAACUGGACCCUUCGGCCCCGGGGGCCCACGAGCAGCGGUACCUCCAGUACAGCACCAGCAACGUCGGGUUCACGAACCCCAACACGGACAAGCCGGACUACUGGGACGGCGACGACUACAACUUUGCCGAGAACUUCAACAAGGGCGGCCCGUUCCACGGCGGCGUCUACUACGGGUGGCGGAACGGCCACCCGGGACACUACCCCAACCUGAACAACAAGGAAGUCCGCAAAUGGUGGGGGAAGCAGUACGAGUACCUCUUCGAGACGGGGCUGGACUUUGUAUGGCAGGACAUGACGAGCCCUUGCAUUGCGGAGCAGUACGGUGACAUGAAGUCCCUCCCCUUCCGCCUGCUCCUCGAUUCCGACGGCUGGUGCGGCGACCCCAACUCGGCCGAGAAGAAGAAGGCCAUCGAGAUCUGGUCCCUGUACAGCUACAACCUGCACAAGGCCACGUACCACGGCCUCAACCACCUGCACAUGAAGGACGACAAGCAGAAGAACCCCAAGCUCGCGUGGCGCGAGAACCGGCGCAACUUCAUCAUCGGACGCGGCAGCUUCGCCGGCAGCCACCGCUACGCCGGUCUCUGGACUGGAGACAACUCGUCCACGUGGGAGUUCCUCCGCAUCUCCGUCGCCCAGGUCCUCGCCCUGGGCCUGGGCGGCGUCACCAUCUCCGGCGCCGACGUCGGCGGCUUCGAGUUCAUCGAGGCUGAGAGGAACUACCCGAACCCGGAGUUGAUCAUCCGCUGGUACGGGGCGUACUCGCUUCUGCCAUGGUUCCGGAACCACUACACCCGCUACCGCGAGUGGAACGAAGGCGAACGCAAGGGCACAAUGAGGAAGGACGGCAAGUGGUUCCAGGAGCCGUACGCGUACCAGUUGCACUACGAACAGCACAGAGACCAGUUCCAGGGCCGCGAGGGCGAGAUCUACAGGGCCGUGUUGCCCACCUGCCGGUAUCUGAUCCGUCUCCGCUACUCGUUGAUGCAGCUGUUGUACGAUGCCAUGUUCGAGAACAUGAUCAACGGGCUGCCGAUCGCCAGAGCCAUGCCCAUCACCGAUGCCCUCGACCGCUCUCUGUUCAGCAGCGAUAACCGCCGCUUCACCAGCUCGCAGUACAUGGUGAGAAACGAUCUCUUAGUGGCCCCCUGCCUCGUGGGCGACGACAAGCGCAAGAAGAAGUCCCGCAAGGUCUAUCUGCCGUACCCCGACUCCUGGUACCCGCUGAACCUGCGGCCCGACGACCCCCUCGGCGCCCCCCUCGGCCCCGCCGCGUCCGGCGGCGCCAUCAUCCCCAAGAUCCAGGUCAGAGACUACGUGCCAGACCCCAGCACGACGCCUCAGAACGCCAACCCCAUCACCAUCCACGUCUACCCCGGAAAGGAAGGGAAGGAGAACACGUACGACAUGUACCUUGACGACGGCAUCUCCAGGGACAGCGCGCCCAAGACCUCGCAGCUUGAUGCCAACCCUAGCGACCCGCCUCAGUACGGCGAGGCCCACCACUUCGAAGGUCUCGCGGAUGCAAAGGCCAACGACAAGUACACCAAGGUCCAGUUCAAGCAGACGACCACCAAGAGGCUCGCUGACAACGAGGACGGCGGCACCUACACCCGGCGGCUCACGGCCAAGGCCCCUUGGCGGGAAUUCCUCACCGAGGCGCCCCAGUACAUCGGGACGGACUACAAGUUCGUCUUCUGGCACCGCGGGGCGACCAACCUCAACUCCAUCAAGGUCAGCGUCGAGCGGACGAGCCUCAACUACGAGAUCAACCGGGCCGUCAAGGCGACCGUCGUCACCGUCCCCGUCGCGGACGUCCACACGGAGAGCGGCGUCGACGUCGCUCUCGAGUUCGACGGCGACUUCUUCUAG